AUGUACGAAUACGAACAAAUAAUGACCUUUGACCAGCCCAUCAUGAUGGGCAGCCACCACCACCACCCCACCGCCUCCUCUUCUUCCACCACCACCUCUUCCGGCUCCGUCAAGAAGAAGAAGUCGAUCAAGUCGGACAACGCGCUCGACCUGCGCGGGCCGAUGGACGUGGACGGGUCGGUCAAGUCGAUGGCGUCGGUGACACUGACGGGCGACUUCUCGGUGCGCGAGCGGAUCGAGGCGUACGGCAACCUGGACGUGAGCGGGAAUCUGAGCUGCGGGGGCAAGGUCAAAAGUAUGGGGAAUGUCAAGGUUAAUGGCGGGGUUGUUUGCAUGGACAAGGUCAAGAUUUUUGGGAAGCUUAAAAUUAAUGGGACGAUGGAGGUGCACGGGGACUUGGAGGUCUGGGGGGAUUUGAGGAUCAAUGGGUAUCUAAAGUGUAGGACGUUGACUGCCUAUGCCUCCCUCACGACCGUCGGCGACCAGUCAUGGUAUGAGGUUGAGGAGGGCGAAAAGGUCCACGGGGCAAAACUGAUCCAGCGAGAUUACAUCGGCUAA